GGUGGCUCUGCCGUCGCGCCGCCGCCGACACGACUGCGCCUCCGAGAUGCUGCUGAACGAGUGAAAAUGCACUGAUUCUGGGUGUGCGUGUGUGUGCGUGUCACUAUGAAAGGUGCAGGGUAUGUCGUUGUGUGAGCGCACUUUUCGGGAGGAUUGCACUCUCUGCCAACAUGGAAUGAGCCGAUGCGGUCGCGACCGGGUGACGGUGGGGCCGGGGGGUCGGGGUCGGGGUCGGCGUCAACCGACCCGACCGGCGCCGACCGCGCCCCCCUACACAAUAAUUCGAAAGAGAAGAAAACGGAAAGCCCGUCGUCGCGCCGUGGCUGCUGCCUCUGCUGGUGCUGUUGCUGCACUUGUACCAGCCCAUCAUCAAGGAAGCAGGAGGACGGCAAGAGCAAGGAGCACGUCUGUUUGGACCUCAGUGGCGUCGAUUCGGACGCGCCCCCUCCAACAUUAGAAGACAUACGAAUGUGGGGCGAAUCUUUUGAGAAACUGAUGGGUUGUUCAGCCGGCAGGAAGGUGUUUAAAGAAUUUCUGCGGUGUGAAUACAGUGAAGAAAAUAUAUUGUUUUAUUUAGCUUGUGAAGAAUUGAAAAAAGAAAAAGAUGCAGCGCUAGUAGAAGAAAAGGCGAGGUUGAUAUAUGAAGAUUACAUCUCAAUAUUAUCUCCAAAGGAGGUGAGUCUCGACUCGCGGGUGCGGGAGGUGAUCAACGUGAAGAUGCGUUCGCCCAACUCACGCACCUUCGACGAGGCCCAGAUGCAGAUUUACACGCUAAUGCACAGAGACUCGUACCCCCGCUUCGUCAACUCGUCUGUGUACAAGAAGCUGGCGCAAUUGAACAAUAACAGUCGGAAGGACAGCGUAGCGUGACGCGUUGACCAGUGCGCUGUCCGCCCGCCGCCGCCGCCCGGCCACUGCGUACGCUCAAAGAUAUUAUUUAGUGGUGCGGUGUGCGCCAGGCCGCCGCCGCCGCCGCGCCGGCCACGUGCAGCCGGUGAGGUCGGCCCCCGCCGAAGACGCCCACGGCUGCCGGCCGGGCCGCCGUUUGCCUUUCACGCGGGACGCGGGACUUUGAGAGAGCGAUGAUCUUCGGCUGCCGUUGUGGAGCCUGAGCCGGCCAGGAGGACGUGGUGCACUCGAGCACGGAGCGUCAGAGGCUCGAUCUCAGCCGGCAGGGCGGCCGGCCUGCUCGCCACCCGCGCACCCGGUGACCAGUCGCCAGGCCAGGUCUCUCGAGGUCAGGUCAGGUCACCGCCGACCGCGCGCGACACCAGUCAGUGGGUAGUGUCACCUCUGUUUUGGUAGCGUUGCUCGUGCCGUCUGUUGGUGGGAAUUUUAAAUGCGAUCACCCUUGUACUUACGGCAUAUUAGCUCACCAAGCUGUCCCUCUCUCAAGUACUUUUUGUUAGUGAGGCUGCUUUUAGAUACCUUUUCAUCAAACAUUUCGCGUUGAUAUUUUCAUGGUGACUUUUGGAAGCAUUCUAGUCAUGUUUGCUCUUAAUGCUACCGCCAAUCUCACCGCAGAAAACUACCACUAAACGCACAAAAGCGCUGACAAAUCACCGCAGAGCUCAUACAUAACGCUUAUACAUCGCCGAACAUCAAAGUUCUGCUUACUAGGCUCUUUUUGCUGCUUCACGCUUUAAGAUGCAUCAUCGCGUUGGUACAAAGUUGAACGAGACGAUUUCUUGUGCGUCGCUUCAAAAGAAGAAGCGAUCUUAGGGCAACAGGUAUUUUGCAAGCUGCUUGACGACUAAAUACGCUUGCCGGACAAAUCUCUGGUAGCUGCGGCCGCCGGCGGACGGACGGAGGGGGUGGGGGCGUUAGUUGUGUGCCAUGAUCACUUCUGUUUUGACCAUUGUGGUGUGUCAGCUGGUCGCCGGAUCGUCAGGAUGUGGGAGAGUGAGUGAGUGGAAAAGAGUCAGGGAGAGAAAGAGAGAGAGCAGACGGAGCAGAGAGGCUGUCGGGGCGCCCUGAGUGUGGGGACCAUUGUUUGGCCGCCGGCCGCCGCGCUGGGUGCGUGGGCUGGCCGCUGACCGCCGGGCCGGCCCCGGGGACCGGUAGCCGGCCACCGACCGGCACCGCUCGAUACCGCCCAGACACGCGGCCGGGGCGCGCGCUCGCUCGGUGCGGCCGGGUCGGGUCGGGUCGGCCGCCGCACGCAGCCGCCGCCGCCGGCGCGCCGCCCGCCCGAGCCCCACUAUCGAUCCGUCGUCGGCUGGCGGCCGCGAUUUAGGUCACAGUGCCGCCGAUCGGCGCCGAGGAGCGCCCAGGAGACGGUCCGCCCCCGCCCUACCAGCACGCCGCCCGGCCCGGCCGCCGACUCCGGUGCUCAGCAAUAAAGUCAGCCACAAGGCGUGCCGUCUGCGCGCCUCUCUACUUCAGCUAGCGCAGUUUUGUUUGUGUUGACAUGCGCUCAGGGGACUUGGCAGAGGGCGCCGAGCGGCCGGCGUUCCGGACCGCCCGCCCGGCGGCCGCGCGCCGCCUCCCCGGGUCCGGAGGCGGCGCGGCGGCCGUCCGGAGCGCCGCCACCGCCGCCGUCAGUCGUCUCCCCCUGACGGCGGCGCCGGCGGCCACUGCGGUGGCGCCCCUCCUGCCCAACGGCCACCGGCCCAGCUAGCUUUAACAGGCGCAGGUGUCGCAGAGGGCGCACCGGCGCCGACCGCGCGCGCGCGUGUAGGACGGGAGAGCGUUCCUCAAUGUACUUGGCGAGUGUGUGACCGUGCAUAUGUUCCGGUGAUGCCUGUGUGCUGGCUGACGCGUCGGUCCCGAUACUGAUAAGCUAGGUUGAUCAGAGUCGGCUCAACAGGCUGCCAGCCGGCCUGAGCGCCGACAGGUUCACGUCAUAAUAUCGUUCAUAAUUUCCAUAAUAUGUGUUAAGUCACAAUGAAUAAAUGUAUGGUAAAGUC